AUGACGCGCAUCGCCAAGGUGACGUCAAGUCCUCCGCCUACACCACAGCAGUCUUCUUCUCCGCCGCCCUCGUCUCAACAAGCUCCCCUUCCUCCUCGGUCCGAGACAAGUGUCCCAGUUCCAGAUCCAGUUGCAGCCCGUCCAGCAUCGCCGGCCAGCAGCUUCUACGCCAUGAGCGACGACGAAGAGGGCGACUACGACACCAUCACGCAUGCCCAGACGGGCCGCGGCGUCAAGCUGCUCUUCUCCAAGAGCAAGGUCUACAUCCACCCCACGCCCUCGUCCAAGGACAACAUCCCCGGCUACAUUGCCCUGCUGCAGCAGAAGAACCCCGUCCCGAAUGACCGCCCCAUCUCGUCCUCGUCGAGGGACUCGCGCUCGCCCGCCUCGUCGGACCUGCUGCUCGCCUGGGUCCCCGAGUCGCAGCUCGGCGAUGCCGCCAGCAUCUACGUCAAGGUAGACUUGUGCGACGGCGAGUCCCCCCCGAGACAGUCGUACCUGGUGCCGCCGCCCCCCACCGUCACCACCCACCGCGGCUCGCUCGGCCACUAUGCCUUUGCCGUCCCCGUCAGCGCCGUCUACAGCCUCGUCGUGCGCCCUCCGAGCCUCGGCUGGUGGUUUGGCAGCGUCAUCAUCAACAGCCGCGCCGGCGACAGCUUCCCCGCCCUCUUCUUCCACGACAAUGAGUGCCAGAGCACCAUUCUGCAGAAGAAGAAGCGCGCCCGCGAGUCCUUCGACCCCUUUGGCGAGACGGGCGAGAUGUUCUGGGGCGGCGACGAGGUCCUGCGCUGGCUGCGCCGCUACAUCCACAUCGAACGGAGCGGCGCCGAGCCCAACAUCUACCUCAUCGAGCCCUCCCCCGAGGACAGCGCCGCCUUCAGCGGCAAGCUGACCACCAGCACCCCGAGCGCCAUCGGCCGCCGGGACAGCGCCAUCGGGGCCCAAGGCCGGGGGCUGGCGGGACCCUCCCAGGCCGACGCGGGCGAUGCCGGCAUGGAUCCCUUCAUGAAGUUCGUCAAGGAGACGGGAUGGAAUAUCAUGGAAAAGUUCAGCAAGGUCACCACCUUCACCCGCCAGGCUGCUAAGGAUGUGCUCGACAACCCUCGCAUGCCGCCCCAGGUCCGGAGGUUGAUGCAGAACCCCGAAGUCCAGACGCUGCAGGAUGAGUUCGACAGCGCCCGCAUCUACCUCGCCCGGUGGGCUAUGGGCAUCGCUGAGCAGGGCGAGCGCGACCGCAACAGGAGGAUAUGGACCGCCCGAGAUGUCAUGGAGCUCGAGGACACGGAUGUCGGCGAAUUUGAGCUGCUCGACAGCACGAGCAGCCUGACGCUGGAGCAGAUGAGGAAGCCCGUCACCCUCAAGGAGUGGAAGACUUUCUUCAACUCUCGCACCGGUCGCCUGUCGGUCACGGUGGACGAGGUCAAAGAGCGCAUAUUCCACGGCGGCUUGGACCCCGAAGACGGCGUCAGGAAGGAGGCCUGGCCGUAUCUCCUGGGUGUCCACGACUGGUACAGCACCGAGGACGAGCGCAAGGCCGAAGCCGCGUCGCUCAGAGACGCUUACAUCAAGCUCAAGGGCACCUGGUGGGAACGCCAAAUCGAUCUGGGCGGAGAGGGUGAAGAGGGCGAGUGGUGGAGAGAGCAAAAGAACCGGAUAGAAAAGGACGUUCACCGUACUGACCGUCAUGUCCCAAUCUUUGCUGGCGAAGACAUACCACACCCCGACCCCGACUCGCCGUUUGCGAGCGUCGGCACCAACGUGCACAUGGAGCAGAUGAAAGACAUGCUUCUGACGUACAACGAGUACAACAAGGACCUGGGCUACGUCCAGGGCAUGUCGGAUCUCCUCGCCCCCAUCUACGCGGUGAUGCAGGACGACGCCCUGGCCUUUUGGGCCUUCCAGCGCUUCAUGGACCGCAUGGAACGCAACUUUCUGCGCGACCAGUCGGGCAUGCGCACGCAGCUGCUCACCCUCGAUCACCUCGUCCAGUUUAUGGACCCCAAGCUCUACGCCCACCUGCAGUCCGCCGACAGCACAAACUUCUUCUUCUUCUUCCGCAUGCUGCUUGUCUGGUAUAAGCGCGAGUUCAACUGGCCCGACGUGCUGCAUCUCUGGGAGGUGCUGUGGGCGGACUUUUUGAGCAGCAACUUCCACCUUUUUAUAGCUCUGGCAAUUCUCGAGAAGCAUCGCGAUGUCAUAAUAAUACAUCUGAAGCACUUUGACGAGGUUCUCAAAUACGUCAAUGAACUAUCUGGGACCAUGGAUCUCGAGUCGACGCUGGUCCGCGCCGAGGCCCUGUUCCGACGCUUCCACCGCCUCGUCGAAGCCUCGGACAAGAAGGACAACUUCCCGACGCCUAGGCUGCGUCCGAGUCUUGGGUCUCCGUCCGCAUCCUCUGCGACAACUCCUGCUGCUGCCAACCCAAAAUCCCCUGGCAGUCGCAGCGGAAAUGUACCGCCGCCCCCGACCUCUCCGCGCCGUAGUAAUAACAACAUCAAUGCCACAAAUCCUAAUGUGACCCCGAAUAGUGCGGGCAAGGCCCCAGAGACUGCUGCCGCCGCUACCAAGGUCAUCACCCCCGAGCUGCGCAAGCUGCUGAGCCGCACCGUCGAGGUCCUCCCGCGGAAGGAGGUCGCCAAGAAAGGCGAAGGCCUCUCGUCGCUGUCGUCGUCCGCGGCGGCCGCGACGCUGGCUGCUGCGAGGCAGAGUGCGAGGUGA